UCAUAAACCGUUUCCUGAACCUGCUUUCAUUUCCAGAACUAGAUAAAAGGGGGGAGGUAGUGAUCCGAGAGGCAGAACUAACAUUCAACUGCUCAGGCUUUGUUCUGCUUGCUCCGCAUUGUCUCUGAGAUCUGCCGAUCAGCAAGGGUGACACUACAACUUUUACAUUAUUAUGGAAUUUGGAAGGAAGAUCAGGAUGGGGUCAUCCAAUUCAAAGCGCAUCAGAGAACUCAGAGAUGACAUUGAGGCUAUCACAACUAACACAGCUAAAGAUUCUCCUACUCAUCGCCAGAAUUCUAAUAAUAAAGAUUCUGAUAUUAAAUCAGACAUUAGGAGACUGAUUGAGAUCCUCGGCUGUCGAAGCAAUGAUGAGAUAAAGAAGAUCAAAAAAGACUACAAGGAAUUGUUCAAGGAGGAUCUGGAGAAGUAUCUGGCUGAAAUUACUUCAGGAGACUUAAAGGAACUCCUGCUUGCUCUGCUUGAGGCCAACAGAGACGAGAAGCCUUAUUCCGUUGAUGACAAGCAAAUUGAUAAAGAUGCCAGAAAGCUGUGUGAUUUUCAAAAAGAUGACAAAGAUAAGGAGAGCUACAUCACCAUCAUGACAAAGAAAAGCUUUCAUCACCUCAAGGAAGUGUUUGAAAAAUACAAGGACUACUACGAGCAGGAGGACUCCACCAAAAAAGAACUGCAGGAGUCCUUCCAGUGGCUUGUUCAGUGUAUUAAAAACAAACCGAUGUAAGACUGCAUGACGUCUGAAAGAAGCACACAGAGGGAGAUUAACAGCGGGCCCUGCUGAACCUGUGCAAUGGAGACGACUGAGGAUUGGAGGAGAACUGGAGCUCUGAGGUCCAAAUGGAGAUCUCCAUAUACUCUCUACCCUGCUGCAGCUUUAUCCAUUAUCUAAACCAAGAAAUAAAAACAUUUACAGAAAAGUU